CCACCACUGCUAUAACUCUCCUUCCCUCUUUCUCCUCCUCCUCCACCACCAUGGUCCUCUGCUAUCUUAAUUCAAGAAGUGUAUGAUCAUUUGAUCCAAGAAGUGGUAGAGACUAGAGAGUAGCUGUGUUGUCCUGUGUUGUGUGUUGUGUUUGAUCAUUGAGCUAAGCUAGCUGUGUAGCAACCACCACCAUAGCUUGAUCUUGCAAUGCUGCAAAGGAACCUGCCGAAUCUCUCCCUCCGGAUAAGCCCUCCGGCAGUAUCGUCGGCGGCGGCGUCCUCCGAGGUAUCGACGGCGGAGAAGCACCUGCCGACAGGAUCAAACGCGGUGACGGACGCGGAAGGAAGAGGCGAGGUAGGGUUCUUCGGAAACCCUAGCUCCGGCACGGCCGAGCCCCCCGGCCUGAGCCUGGGGCUCGGGACGACGGCGCACGAGGACGCCGCCGCCGGCCGCCAUGGCGACCGCCUGCAGCCGCAGGGAUGCCCGUUCAAGCGCGCGGCCACUCCCAGGGCGUCCCUGCCGGGAUCGAAGCGGAGCGUCCGCGCGCCGCGGAUGCGCUGGACCACCGCGCUCCACGCCCGGUUCGUGCACGCUGUCGAGCUCCUCGGCGGCCACGAGAGAGCGACGCCAAAGUCAGUGCUGGAGCUGAUGAACGUCAAGGAUCUGACACUGGCGCAUGUCAAGAGCCACCUCCAGAUGUACAGGACAGUGAAGAGCACGGACAGAUCAUCCCACAUUGCCGCAGGAGAGGCGCAGCUGCUGCAGCAGCAGGCAGGAAUGGAGGUGGAGGCAGGAGCUGGAGGAGGAGGUGGUGGUGGUGGUGGUGAUGGUGGGGUGGUGCUUCCGAUGAUGCCGGCAUGUGACGACAUGGUUGGGAUCUGCAGCUCGCCUGCCGCGGCGACUAGUUCCGCUGCUGCCUACUUCCUCUGCGCGACGACGUCGUCAGCAGCAACUGCUCCACCGGCAGUGGUGCCAUCGCUUCCAGCUCCAACCAUUCCCCCAAGGAGGACUGACCAUGCGCCAGUACUGGAAAAGGGUGUCGCAAUUGUUGACUCGUUGCACCGGUGUCAGAAACAUAACUACUCACCAGUGCUUCAAGAUGCUCUUCAGGGAGCUGAAGAAGAUCAUCAUCUUAUCGGGAGCCUGCCAAGCAUCGAGGCGAUGGCUGCUACCAACUCCUCGUCAAGUCCUGCGAGCUCAUCUCCAUCCCUCGCAAGUCUGGAGCAGCUGCUACCUGAACAUCACUCGUUUGCACCCAACCUGGAAAUCUCCCUUGGGAGACAGGACUGGAACAUGGACGACCAUCCUCAAGAACUGAGCCUGAAAUACCUGUGAAAAAAAACAAGAGGAAGAAAAAAAAAGGUUUCUCUCUCUUCUGGGUUUCACCCAACUAACCAUUGAUGAUUGAUCGAUCAGAUCGUUGUGAUGAAAGAUUGAUGACUGAAAAUAACCGCGUCCAUCCAUCCGAGGUUUUGCCUGAACUUUUUCUUGCCCAGCUUGCGAGUGGUCUGUUCUGAAUUUCUGAAGCCCAGUGUGCUUGGCCCGUAUGGCCAUAUCCAACAAAGCCCAGUAGUCCAGUACGUGUGCGUGGACUUGCCUUGCACACCGGAGUCAGA